AUGGAGGAGAUGAAGGAGCGCAGGAAGAUAGAAUGUGAGUGUGGAGAAGCCCGUUUUGGAGAGAAAACAACACGAGUGGAGCGGCCGAAAGCAGCGCGUGUAUCGAGACUCGCAGACCCGCGUUCACCGUCCUGUGUUAUCGACCGCACACCUAUACAGGUGGGCGUGGCUUACUCUCCUUUUCCUGUGGUGGGGUCAGUAGGGCCUGCAUUUGUUGACCCCCGCUCACCCACACCUGGCGUUACUCGAACACCAUUAAAGGUGAGCGUCACGUCUCUUGCUCGGCGGCUGAGCACCUUCUUUCUCAAUGACAUCAAGUCUGGCGACUCUGUUUCUCCCCUUCCUCCGGUCUCCUUUACCAAACACCACCGCCUGCCCAAUAGGAAUCAGCAAAAUGACGCCGGUCCCAGAGAUCCUCUGCUUCCUCUGGUAAAAUCCCAGAACUCCUCCACCCUCAUCGGACACACAGAUGCUGUGUCCACCCCUGCGCUGUGCUCUCCUUCAGAGGGCUACGGCUCCAUGUGCAGCAGCCCAUUUGUGUUGAUUGGAGGCACGCUGGUGGAGGUGGAUGCUGAGACCUCGCUGGAAGAGGCGGAGGAUGCUCUGCUGCUUGGUGCUUCAUCAUUAAGAAAAGAGCUCAGUUUGAGUCUUCUUGCUUGUCGUGAAGGCAUUUACUCCUCUUCUCUGGAGGAACAUCCUCUGACGACGACUCCUCCUGCUGAGAGCCAAGCGAAUGAAGAUCACUCCUACGCACUCUUCUCAGUCCCACCACAAUCCACAGAGUCUGAAACUUCCACUCCUGUUGUUGAAGCUGUCGUGACCUCGGAGGCAGAUGAGGUCCCGUCCCAGACAUCUGAAGAACAGCUGGAUGCUGCUCUUCCAGAGUCGAGCCAUGAGCAGCCAGAAGAGAGCAAACCUCCCACACCUCAACCUGCUGUUGCCCCCAGCAAAUCCAGCCCAGUGACUGACACCCAGGUUGAAACGGUCCAGUCCGGCAUCCGUUGUCUGAAGUUUGACACCCGUAGCCCAAGUCAGGCCAUUUUUAAACCCCAGUGGUUGGGUGUGGGCUUCGGGACCACUGGAGUCAGAGCGAGGGGGGUACAGGUGUGUGGAAAAACAUCCAUGUCCUCACCACUCUCCACCAAAAACACAGCCACAAAUGAAAAUAACAACAUGGUUGUGCGUGCCAAACAGAGACCGAGAGAAAAAGUUCUGAUUGGUGAGGGCGGAUCGCCUCUGCAGAUCCUGAGGGAGGCAAAUUCACCCAGAGACCGCAACUCCCAGAUGAAGUUGAAAGUGUCCACCCCAGAAAAACAGAGAAUCAGCCAGAUGGACAGGAGAGCUCUGAUUCUGUCACUUAACAAGGAGAACGAGUGAGACAAACUGAGCAGACCAGGAUAAAUCCAGCCAACACUAUGUAUAUAAUACAGUUUUAAGCCUUAAACUACAUGAUCAUUCUUUUUUUUUCUUUCU